GAGCGGGGACGCGCGGCUGCAGCGUCCCCUGCUUACUGCUGGCCGCUUCUUCUCCGGAGGUGGCAGUCACUGUUGCUGCUGAAAAACCAGCCCACAUUUCCACGGCUGGUCGCCUGGUGAGGAGUUGAGACUCUACACCUACCGCCCGGAACCCACAUGGCUUGUUACCUGGUCAUCAGUUCGAGACAUCUCAGCAAUGGGCACUACCGGGGCAUUAAAGGAGUCUUCAGAGGGCCCCUCUGCAAGAACGGAUCUCCCUCUCUGGAUUUUCCAGAAAAGGAGAAGUCCACAGCAAAGGCCCUGGAAGAUGUAAAGGCAAACUUUUACUGUGAAUUAUGUGACAAGCAGUACCACAAACACCAGGAGUUUGACAAUCAUAUUAAUUCUUAUGAUCAUGCUCAUAAGCAGAGACUGAAAGAAUUAAAGCAACGUGAAUUUGCUAGAAAUGUAGCUUCCAAGUCAUGGAAAGAUGAAAAGAAACAAGAAAAAGCACUUAAGCGACUUCAUCAGCUGGCUGAGUUAAGACAACAGUCUGAAUGUGUUUCUGGAAAUGGACCAGCAUACAAAGCCCCCAGGGUAGCUAUAGAAAAGCAACUCCAGCAAGGAAUUUUCCCAGUUAAGAGUGGCAGAAAGGUAUCGUGCAUGAAGAGUGCUCUUCUCCUUAAAGGAAACAAUCUCGCCAGAAGCAUUUCUGAUAAACAGCAGUCCACCACACCAAAUCAACACCAGUUACAAACGGACAGAUGUUUGUUUGGAAAUCAGGUACCACAAACACCCUCAAAUCUUAGCAAUGCAAAUCACAGGACAGGAGUGUCAUUUUCUUUUUCCAAAAAAGUGCAUCUAAAAUUAGAAUCUUCAGCAUCAGUUUUCAGCGAGAACACAGAAGAAACCCACGACUGUAACAAGUCACCCGUCUAUAAAACAAAACAAACCGCAGAGAAAUGCAUGCGCUGCAGGUUUGCAAAUGAAGAUACACACCUCACUAAGGAAAAAGAUAGAAACAUCUUAUCAAGCCAUCUGGAAAGUAUUUUACACAAUACCUUCUCCGUAAGUUCUGAAAUUUUGCAAGACAAAAAUGACUCUGUUGAUGAAACACUAGAAGAUUCGAUUGGCAUUCAUGCUUCAUUCAGUAAAUCUAACAUUCAUCUUUCAGAUGUGGAUUUUACUCCUUCCACCAGAGCAAAGGAAACUAGAAAUACAGUGAGAAACAGUUCAGAAAACCUCAAUAAUCACUCAUGCCAAGCAAAUGUUUCCUCCGGCCCACCAAACAUUUACAAGCACAGUGAUGCCAGGAUAUUUGAAUGUUUGGAUGAGCUUCCAUCAAUAGAGCCAAGUGAACAAAGCAGUACAGUUCAUCUGAAUCCCAACUCCAGAAAGGAGAAAAAAGAAAAAUCAUUAGAUAAAAUAGAAAGAGUUAGCAGAAAUGUACAAAGUCUUGUGAGAGAGGCAUAUCCCCGUGAUCUGAAGUCCAAACCACUGCCUUAUCUCCACGUACAAAGCAAGGAUGGCCAUACCACUCUCCAAUGGCCUACAGAACUGCUUCUCUUUACAAAAACAGAGCCCUGUAUCUCUUAUGGCUGCAACCCAUUAUAUUUUGAUUUUAAGCUUUCUCGAAACACAAAGGAUGGCCAUUAUCCAGAGGACUUAAAGACAGAAGUGCUGAAAGAGCCCUCAGAAAUGAAGACUACAAUGGAAAACCAAGUCUCAGGUUUAAUUAAAGGCCAACAAAAACUGAUCCAAGAAGAUAAUCCGUCUCUGAAACCAAAGAUGAUGUUAGCUAAUCCAGAUUGGGAGAAUUUCCAGAGAAAAUAUAAUUUGGGCUACAACAAUUCUGAGCCCAGUGCGAGUGAACAUAAUUUUAGUGCAAGUGAUUUGGAAAUGAAAAAUCCUGAAGUGCCUGCUUACCUUGAUAUGUCUCUAAAGAAUUGUGUAAGAAAGAAUAAUAAUAGUGAUAAUGAACUUAAGGAACCUUCAAGGGCCCAUUGGCAAAGCUGUCAAAGGGCAAUUCUAAAUGAUGCAAAUGAAGGCCUAUCUUUUUCUCCUUAUAUCUCCAGGACUAAAAAACAUAAACUGAUUUCCUGUGAUCCUCAUUUGGAUUUUGAAGAUGGGAAUAAAUUCACUUGGAAUUCUAGUCCUUACACAGUAGGGGGCCACAGUGACCAUGGGAAGGACUUCAGUGUAAUUUUGAAUAGUAACCACAUCAGUAUGACCAGCAGGGUUUCUGGAUGUGGAAAAGCAAGUUACAAGAGAAGUUCUCCAAAGGUGUCUCUGAGUACAUGUUCUAGCCCUUCAGACACAUCCCCUGGCAGUACAUCCAGCUUGAGAAGUACUUGUUCAAAGCAUAGGUCCAGUAGUCAUGGUAGAGGUAACUUGCUCUACUUUUGUAAAAGAGAACACAACUCAGUCGAAAGGCACAAACGGAAACGCCGAAAGCACAGCUGUCUCUUCUUAUCUGAUGAGCUAGCAAAGAGUGACUGCCCACAGUCUGAAACCCAGAGUGACAGGGGCUGCAAGUUGUGGGAAUCAGUUAAAAAUGAAAAAUAUUCAAAACAUGGUUAUGGUCACUGCAGAGAAAAAUAUAAACUGGGCAAAAAUCAACAAUUUUCAGGGUCAAAAUCCAAGAGAAUCACCCGUUGUGAUUCUAGCUCACGGUUUUCUUGUGCUGGAAACAGUGAAAAUCCACCUAAUUGCCAGGGACCUCAGCACAGCAGAUUGGGCUCUUACUCAAGAGACAAAAUGUAUUACUUAAAUAAAAGUGAAAGAAGUCAACAGUCUUUGGAUAGCCCUCAUAUUUGUGAUCUGGAAAAAGUAAAACCCAUGCAAUGUAACUCUGGGAAUAUCAGCUGUCUUCUAAAGAACUGUUCAAGCAGCCCUUCAGAAACCACAGAGUUGAACACUGUAGAAGGAGAGAGGACUCCCCUGACAGCCAAAGGUCUUUUAGAAAGAGUACAAGCCAAGAAAUGUCAGGAACAAUCAACUCAUUUUGAGGUCUCUUCAAACAGCUGUAAAAAUGAAUCGGAGGCUCCUUCACAAAUCCCAUGCACAGUGCAAUUUACACCACCAGGCUGUAACAGACAUGCAUUGCCUUUGUCUGAAAAAAUACAGAACACAAGUAGAAGAAGAAAGGAUAAAGGUAGUGCAAUGCAAAGAACUAUUGACAAAGACAAAGUCAAAAAUUCCCAGACAAAUGAUUUUACUGUUUUAGUAGACACUGAUUGUGAUGAUCAUCUUUCUAAAGGUAUAAUUCACGUAGUAGCAGAGUCUCAGUUACCAAACAUGAAAAAGUAUCCAACAACAAAAGAACAAUCAGAGUCAUUAAUUAGUGAAGUCCAACCUUUUAUUCAAAGCUGUGACCCAGUACCAAAAGAUUUCCCUGGUGCUUUCUCAUCUAAUAGAUAUACUGGUGUUACUGAUUCAACAGAGACCAAAGAGGACCAAAUAAAUCUAGACUUACAGGAUGUAAGCAUGCAUAUGAAUCAGGUAGAGGGGAAUAUAAACUCUUACUAUGACAGAACUAUGCAGAAGCAUGACAAAGUAGCAGAUGACUUAGAAGUGUGUCAUAAAUCUCUCUCUCCCCCAUUAAUUCAACAGCCCAUAACAUUUUCACCUGAUGAAAUAGAUAAAUAUAAGCUCCUACAGCUACAAGCCCAGCAGCAUAUGCAGAAACAGCUCCUAACAAAGCAUCUUCGAGUUGUGCCUGCUGCAGGGCCCACUGCCUUCUCUCCAGCCUCUGCUAUACAGACAGUUCCAGGUCACCAGCAGGCUUCUCUCACCACCAUCCACCACACGUUCCUGCAGCAUUUUGUUUCUGCUUCCAUAAAUGCCCACAGCAGUCACCUCCCUAUAGCUCAUCUGCAUCCUCUUUCCCAGCCACAUUUUAAUCCAUUCGCAUUUUCAACUCUGACUCCAACCAUCAUCCCUGCACACCCCACUUUCUUAGCGGGUCAUCCCCUGCACUUGGUCACUGCUGCUCCCUGCCACCCAUCUCACAUAACACUUCAGCCCCUGCCCCCUGCAGCAUUUAUCCCCACAUUGUUUGGCCCUCACUUCAACCCGGCCACAACUUCUAUCAUCCACUUGAAUCCUUUAAUUCAACCACUGUUUCAAGGUCAAGAUCUUUGCCAUCAUUCUUGCUCCAGUCAGAUGCAACCAUUAAAUGGAGUGAAAGAGGCCUUAAAUGUGUCAGCUCACUUGAACUAACAGGUGUUAAAGCCCCUCUUCUGGAUAAAUAAAACAAAUUGUCACUACCUACAAAAUUAUGUAUUUAAAGUGGUCUGAUUAUUAUAAGAUUUAAAAUAGUGGUACCAAUGCAAAAUGUGACCAAUAUAGAAAUAUGAACUGAAUUGCCAAUGUUGAAAUACAAGCAUUUUAAGGAUUUCUUUUAAUUUGCAAAAAUAAUUGGACACAUUUAAAGUAGUUUGAUGGCAAGGUAGAGGGAAACGUGUUAAAGAUAUUUUUGAAUGAGUUCUCACAUAAUGUUAUAAAAAAUAGAAAAAAGUUAGGCAGAUCAUUAAUAUUACAAAGAAAAUUAAAUGAAACAUAAUACUCUAUCUUCUAGGUGUUCGUUGAACGAGUGAACAAGUGAAUGAAUGAAUGCAUAUUUGGUUUUAUUUAUCAGGUAAUAAUAAAAGGUCAGUGAAAGAAAAUUAUGUGUUAAAAAUUGUUCGUAUGGUUCACUGUCGACUAACCUUUCAAUCAAUACAAUGUUUCAACCAAUAUAAACUAUAUUUUCAUAGGAAAUAAGAGAUGGCAAGAAAUUUUCUGACUAAUUCAAAUUGAAAACUACUCUUCAGUGCAAAACAGUCUUAUGCAGACUGUAUGGCUGAGUUUCUGUGGAAGAUUGAAUUAACUUCAUUUCACACACUUCUAUGUCAAGAGCAUUUUGUAAUUGUAAG